CGUGAUCUCCUGCUAAGACAUGAAACUCAUCAAACGCGUCUUCCAAAUCCUCCAGAUCACCUCCGCCGCAUGCCUCUUCAUCAUCUCCGCUUUCCUCCUCCUUCCCCGCAUUCGCUUCCUCUCUCCCUCUCCUCUCUCCUCGUUCGUUCCUUUCGCAUGCGUCGGCAUCGGCAUCGGCAUCGUUGUCCUCCGCCGGUGCUACUCUCGCCCGGCCCCGGUUUUCCUCGUCGACUACUCGUGCUUCAAGCCGGGCUCCGGCCGCAAGUGCACGUAUGGAGUCUCGGAGAGCUUCGUGCGCAGGAGCCAGCGCUUCAGCCCCGAGAGCGAGGACUUCAUGCGGAAGAUAUACCUCAAGUCGGGCCUCGGCGACGAGACGUACGGCCCGCCCUUCAUGUUCCGGGCCGACUACGAGGAGGCGAGGCUGGAGUCCGCCGUGCAAGAAGCCCGGGAAGGCAUCUUCUCGGCCGUCGACUCGCUCCUCGCGAAGACGGCCGUCCACCCUCGUGCCAUCGACGUGCUGGUAGUCACGUGCGGCAGCUUCUCGCCGACGCCAUCUCUCUCGUCACUUAUUGUGAAUCGGUACAAGCUCAGGCCCGACGUCAAGGCGUAUGACUUGAGCGGCAUGGGAUGUAGCUCCGGCGUGCUCUCUAUAGACCUGGCGGCGAAAAUCCUGCGUCAAAGCGGUGAUGUCCAUUAUGCCCUCGUGGUGAUAACCGAGAGCAUCAGCCUGAACUGGUAUUUUGGGGACAACCGGUCGAUGCUCGUGACCAACUGCAUCUUCCGUGUCGGCUGCGCCGCCGUAUUGUUGAACAAUGAGGCAGCCCGCCGCCCUGCUGCCAAGUUCGAGCUCGUUCGCUCACUCAGGACUCACCAUGGGGCGGACGACCGCGCUUACAGGGCCGCGUUCCAGGAAGAGGACGAGAAGGGAAACACGGGGGUUGCGCUCACCAAGGAUUUGAUUCGUGCCGCCGCAACUAACCUCCGGGAGCACAUCAAGAUACUCGCUCCCCGGGUCCUGCCGCUGAGCCAGCUAGUCUCCUACGCAUGCUCGGCGCUCGUCUCGGCAUUAUCUCGCGGGGAUGUGAAACCGGCGGUGCCGGACUUCACGACGUGCUUUGAGCACAUUUGCAUACACGUGGGGGGGAAGGCAGUGAUCGAGCAGGUGGGACGGGUCCUGCGGCUGAGCGACGAGGCCACCGAGCCGGCUCGGAUGAGCCUGCAUCGGUUCGGCAACACGUCGAGCAGUCUCGUGUUCUAUGAGCUGGCGUAUUUCGAAGCGAAGAGGAGGAUCGAGAGAGGGGACAGGGUGUGGAUGCUGGCGUUCGGGACUGGAUUUAAGGUGGGAAGUUUGGUGUGGAGGUCGCUGAGGAGUUCACGCGAGCAAGAGGAGGAGGAUAAUCCAUGGAACGAUUGCAUUCAUAGGUACCCAAUAAGUGCUACCUGAAAGUUUGUCAGACUUAAUUCUAAGUCAUAAAUUGGGCGAUUUUUUUUUCAUAAGUACAGUGUUUUUAAGAUCACCUAACUUAUAUGAAGUCAAAUGAACUUAAAUGAAUUCACUGUUCAUUUGACUUAUAGGGAAUUGUGGUUGUAAGUGGAUCGAAAUCUUCUCGAUUUACAAGGUAAAUUUGAAGUCGUGGAUUACACUUUUUGAGAAAACAACAAACAGUGGCAUUACUCACGAGUGAAAUAGGAGGAUGCAAAUCUAUUUCCCAUUGUUCUUACCCUGUUCUUUCUCUCUUCUUUUCUACCGUGCA